AUGGAUAUCAACGAGAGCCUCCAGUGGCCUUCCGGAUGCGAUCUUUCCUUUUCUCAGCUUUCACAAGAGCCUUCCAACUAUCAAAUGACACAGCAGUACACCCCAGACUCCAGCGCCCUUUACAAUUACACUGCUCAGCGGCUUCCCUACAGAUCUUCAUACAACAUGACAUACUCUCCCACAAGCACUGAGUCUAGCUGUCCUCGUACCUACACUGGCCUUGAUCUAGUUGGCUCCGUAGGAAGCAUGAACGAAGCGUAUCCACCUUCUGCGUAUCUCCUCGAACCUCAAAAAUCUCAAGACAUGCUGGACGUAUCAUCUCACUUCGCCCCUGGAUCUAUGUGUCAGUUCAAGGACGAUUUCGAAGGCCAAUGUCUACCCGUGAUGAAGUCCGCAGAUUCCAACUAUGGUCAUUCCCGAUUCGAUUCAGAUAUCGGUAUGCCAAACAGCAUUCCUACGCCAGAGCCUCAGGUGACUCCAAUCGAUAUCUGUAAAAGCGAAACACCUCACGAAGAUGCAAACGUGGACAAGGAGCAGCCGUAUGCCCAGCUUAUCUACCGCGCCCUCAUGGAGCAAGAGGGUCACACGAUGGUCCUUAGAGACAUCUACAAUUGGUUCAAACGCAACACAGACAAGGCUACCGACAAAGAAACCAAGGGAUGGCAAAACAGUAUACGUCACAACCUUUCGAUGAACGGGGCAUUCGAGAAGGUCGAUCAGCCGGUUGGAGAUGCCAUCACCCGGGAAGAAGCCAAGAAAGGCUUCAUGUGGAGGCUCACGGAUAGCGCAAUUCGUGAAGGGGUCAAAAGCACUACCAGAUACAGAAGUAAGCUACCGAACAAACGAGGCUGCAGAUCGCAAAAUCCUGCGCCACAGCGGCAAGCAUCUGGAGCGAAGGGUGGCCAAGCUGCGAGGAAAGCUGCGCGUCUGAGACGAUCAGAAAGACUGAGAGACACCCGCAGCGUACCGAUGCACAAAGGCGACACGUAUCCAUCAAGGCCCGGACCAUCAUACACUCCAUUCGAUAAUUUUACCCCUUCUGAUCUUGCCACGGGGUACCCGGCAUCGCCAUACUACUGCCAUUCCGAGAUGGACUUCGGCACUCCCAUCAAGCAAGAGGCCUUGCCAUCAUCGUUUGGGCAAAAUCUGGACAUUCUAUCGGGACAAACGUAUCCAGACUCACCGCAAGGGCUCUGUUCCGACAUGCAUUACCUUCUCCCGUACUCGCCGGAGGAACCCUUGUUCUACGGUAGCGGAUCGGAAUCUGGGAGUGAACCAAUGACACCACCGUCACAGGACUACUGCGCUAUGGACACGUCGAUGCCACAGGAGCCCGCAUGCUAUACGGAGGCUGGCGAGAUCUAUUGA